CAGCCUUUGUGCGUGAAACUCUGUUACUUAGUUGCGCCGCUACCCUGAGCCAAGAUGGGUAUUUCCAGGGACUCCAUGCACAAGAGGCGUGCCACUGGUGGCAAGAAGAAAGCUUGGAGGAAGAAGAGAAAGUAUGAACUCGGUCGUCAGCCUGCAAACACUAAGAUCUCAAGUAACAAAACUGUAAGGAGAAUUCGUGUUAGAGGAGGCAAUGUGAAGUGGAGAGCUCUGAGAUUGGAUACAGGCAACUAUUCUUGGGGUAGUGAGACUGUCACUCGCAAGACUCGUAUUCUUGAUGCCGUAUAUAAUGCCUCAAACAAUGAGCUUGUCAGAACUCAAACUCUGGUGAAGAGUGCCAUUGUUCAGGUUGAUGCAGCUCCCUUUAAGCAAUGGUACCUUCAGCAUUAUGGUAUUGACAUUGGUCGGAAGAAGAAGACAGUAUCUAAAAAGGAAGCUACAGAGGCAGGAGAAGGUGCUGUUGAGGAAAUUAAGAAGAGUAACCAUGUUCUCAGGAAGCUUGAAAAGCGCCAAAAAGAUCGCCAGCUUGAUCCACAUAUUGAAGAACAAUUUGGAUCCGGUAGAUUGUUGGCCUGCAUUUCUUCACGACCUGGUCAAUGUGGCAGAGCCGAUGGGUACAUAUUGGAGGGUAAAGAGCUGGAGUUCUACAUGAAGAAAAUCCAGAGGAAGAAGGGCAAGGGUGCCGGUGCUGCUGCUUAAAUGCGGCACUGCCUAAUGUCUUUUCAAUGAAAUUUUGCAUCGAACUGUAUUGUUCUCAUCAAUGGGAUCUUAGCCACUAUUGGACUUUAUUUUUUCAAUGGCCGCCAUGAUAGAGGAUGACUUGAUAAAUUUUUUCUGUUGAUUAUUGACUGCCAUGAUUUUUCUACCAACAUUUUAAUUUUAGCAACGAUUUGUCAUUUGACGUGGUAGUUUUUUUUGCUCCAUUAUGAAAACUUGUUUGUUAUGGGUGGUAUUCCUACCACCGGAGUGAAUCUGUUUUUGU